AGAAAUUAAAAAAAUAAUAAAAAUUCAAUAAAAAGGAAAAUAAUUAAAUAGUUGCCAAGAAAAACAACCCCCCAUCAAAAUGGACAUUAAAUUUCUUAAAGGAUUACUUUUCCUAUCGACCACACUGGUCUUAACAGUUUCGACACUUUCACAAACAGCAAGACCCGUUCGACAGGGUAGUUCGUCACGUGCCUUAGGAAUAAGUCCAAAAUCCUCGUCGUCUGGCGUCGACUUUCAAUGUCCCGAGGAAUUCGGUUAUUAUCCGCAUCCCACGGAUUGCAGUCAGUACUACGUUUGCGUCUUUGGGGGUGCCUUGUUGGAAAGUUGCACGGGCGGCUUGAUGUAUUCCAAUGAGUUGCAAACGUGCGAUUGGCCCCGAAAUGUCGGAUGUGAAGUUGCCGAGAUCACUGCACCGUCGGCGCCUGCAGCAACGCGUCACGAAUCUCCGAGAGCUCAACCGCAAACGAGUCGCGUUCGCUUUUCGUCGCUUCCGAGUGGGCCUUCGGGACCUUCAGGACCCUCAGCUCCGUCAGCACCUGCGAGAAUUCAACAAAUUUCGUCGAGUCAAGUAUUUCCGCCGCCGCCAGAACCCUUGAGGGUUGCACCAAAUCCGGUUAUUACGACACGUGGGCAACCAAGGAAUUUGCCGCAACAGGAAGAUAUUGCUAAGCUUUAUGCUGAAGCACAUGAUACUCUUCCGCCAAUCCGUGAGGACGAAGAUACAGACACGCAACAACGUGUUUAUCGCGGACAACCAAGUAUUGUCACCCAAGUACACAGAGAUCGUGAUGGAAUCCUUCAGCAACCGAGUGUGAAUGCCAUACCAACACAACAGAAAGUAGGAUCGUUCGCCUAUGUGCCACAAGUUCAAAAUUUCAGAGUGGAAUCUUCGAGCCCAGCGUCGACAUCUCAGCAGAAAUCGACGUACAACAAGAAUUAUUACAAUGCAAGUAACAAUUAUCAGCCAGCCAAUUACGAUAACUACUAUACUGUUUAUGAUGAUGAUGUUGAGUUGUACAGAGAUAAUGAUUACCAACCACCUCAAACGCAAUACAAUCAAAACAAACAAACAGUCUCGUCAACUUACCGCCCCACGCCAUCCGUGACUCCAUCAACGUUGUCGACGCAACGUGAAUCCUAUGCAACUCAACGUCCUCAAACGACGUACCAAUCCUCGUCUCCUUUGUACGACUACGACGACGCGCUUGUAGCCCAGCUUGAGGAGGACGAUCGUUACUCUCGCCCAUCAUCUGCAUCGUCGUCGUCGUCUUCGUCUCGUGGCCAUACAAGAACAAAUAGUAACAGAAAUCGUGGAAGCAGUUCGGAUGGACAAUCGAACAGUAGAGGAACACAUCCACCUCGCGCUCGCCCAACAUUGAAACCGGCAGCUGGUCUUGUAUCGAAAGCCCAACAAUUCAUCGACAUUUAUCGUUUCCCGCCAAAUCGCCCAGAUGCCUUGUAUCCCCAACCGACGCCCGAUAAGACAGCUGCCAAGUGUCGCAAGGAUGUUUGUCUCUUGCCUGAUUGCUUCUGUGGAGGCAAGGAUAUUCCCGGAGAACUUCCUGUCAAUCAAAUCCCACAAAUUGUCUUAUUGACCUUCGAUGACUCCGUUAACGACUUAAACAAGGGACUUUACCAGGAUUUGUUUGAACGUGGACGUGUCAAUCCCAACGGAUGUCCCAUUUCUGCCACUUUUUACGUGAGUCACGAAUGGACCGAUUACAGCCAAGUGCAGAAUUUGUAUUCGGAUGGUCAUGAAAUGGCAUCUCACACAGUUUCGCAUAGUUUUGGCGAGCAGUUCAGCGUUAAGAAGUGGGCUCGUGAAGUUGCAGGUCAACGUGAAAUUUUGUCAGCUUAUGGCGGUGUCAAGUUGGAGGAUGUUCGUGGAUUCCGUGCGCCUUUCUUGUCAAUCGGUGGCAAUAAAAUGUUCAAAAUGUUGCAUGAUUUCAACUUUACUUAUGACUCGUCGAUGCCUGUGUACGAAAAUCGUCCUCCAAGCUGGCCUUAUACUUUGGAUUACAAAAUCUUCCAUGAUUGCAUGAUUCCGCCAUGCCCCACGAAAUCCUAUCCCGGCGUAUGGGAAGUUCCUAUGGUCAUGUGGCAAGAUUUGAAUGGGGGACGUUGUAGCAUGGGAGAUGCCUGCAGUAAUCCAUCGGAUGCCGAAAACGUUGAAAAAAUGAUCAUGAAGAAUUUCGAAAGACAUUACACGACAAAUCGGGCUCCUUUCGGUUUGUUCUAUCACGCUGCUUGGUUCACGCAACCGCAUCACAAAGAGGGCUUCAUCAACUUUUUGGAUAAAAUCAAUCAGAUGAACGAUGUUUAUAUCGUCACGAACUGGCAAGCCUUGCAAUGGGUACGUGAUCCAACGCCCUUGAGUCGCAUGAAUUCCUUCCAACCGUUCCAAUGUAACUACCAGGAUCGUCCAAAACGCUGCAACAAUCCUAAAGUCUGCAAUUUGUGGCACAAGAGUGGCGUUCGCUACAUGAGAACUUGCCAACCAUGCCCCGAAAUCUACCCAUGGACCGGAAAAUCUGGCAUCAGAUCCUCGAGAAUAGACAACGACUUAGAAGUAGCCGAUAGUACUAAUUAAAUGACGAAAAUUCUAAUAAUUUAUUCACUGAAAUGAGAAAAAAAUAUUUAAAAAAUACACAAAAAAUAUUCUUAUACCUUUUAUGAUUUUAGUUUAUAAACUUUUCCAU